CACAACUGUUUCUUUCUUCAUUCUGCCUGCAUUUCCUCGCCGGUGUUUUAACCUUACACGUUUCUCACUUUUUUUUAAACCCCCAAUAAGACAAAGAUAAAGAAAUGAGUGGGGAUCAUUCCCACAACGACGACCGGAUUGACUGCGGCUCUCGGGUCAAUGAUUCUCACAAGCAUAAGGACAAGUACAAGGACAAGGAACACAAACACAAGGACCACAAGAAGGAUAAGGAACGAGAGAAAUCAAAGCAUGGCAGCAGUGACCACAAGGACUCCUCUGACAAAAAACACAGAGACAAGGAGAGGGAAAAGAUGAAGCACAAAGAUGGCAGCACAGACAAACACAAGCACAAGGACAAAGAGAAGAGGAAGGAGGAGAAGAUGAAGUCUAUAGAUGGCAAGAUCAAAAAAGAAAAAGAGAAUGGUUUUGCCAGUCCUCCACAUAUGAAGUCUGAGCCUGAGGAUGACUUUUACCACUCUCCUAAACAUGAGAAGUCUCUGAAGAGAGAACGCGAUGAUGAUAAUGACUCUGAAUUCAAGCCUAAGAAAAUAAAGACCGAGAAUGAUAAGAAGGCCAAAAAAAGGAAACAACAAGAUGAUGAUGAUGAGGAUAUUAAGCCCAAAAAGACGAAAAACAAGAAAGGAGAAGUCACUGAUGGAAAAAAGAAAGGAAAGAAAGAACCCGAAGAGAAGUGGAAAUGGUGGGAGGAGGAGAGAUACACAGAUGGCUCCAAAUGGAGGUUUUUGGAGCACAAGGGGCCAGUGUUUGCACCACCUUAUGAGCCCGUUCCCAGCAAUGUCAAGUUCUACUAUGAUGGUAAGCAUAUGAGGCUCAGCCCACAAGCUGAAGAGGUUGCCACCUUCUUUGCCAAAAUGUUGGACCAUGACUACACCACCAAGGACAUCUUCCGGAAAAACUUUUUCAAAGACUGGAGGAAGGAAAUGACUUCAGAAGAAAAGGCCACGAUCACAGACCUGAAGAAGUGUAACUUCGCUGAGAUGAACGAAUACUUCAAGGCACAGUCUGAGGCCAGGAAGGCUAUGUCAAAGGAAGAAAAACUGAAAAUCAAAGAAGAGAAUGAGCGAAUCCUACAGGAGUAUGGCUUCUGCAUCAUGGACAACCACAAAGAGCGUAUUGCUAACUUCCGCAUUGAGCCCCCUGGCCUGUUCCGUGGCCGUGGCGACCAUCCCAAAAUGGGAAUGCUGAAACGUCGUAUCAGGCCUGAGGACAUCAUCAUAAACUGCAGCAAAGACUCCAAGCACCCCAAGCCUCCCCCAGGUACCAAAUGGAAGGAGGUUCGUCAUGACAACAAGGUGACUUGGCUGGUGUCGUGGACGGAGAACAUCCAAGGCUCUAUCAAAUACAUCAUGCUGAACCCCAGCUCUAGGAUCAAGGGAGAGAAGGAUUGGCAGAAGUAUGAGACAGCCCGCAGACUAAAGUCUUGUGUGGAUCGUCUGAGGGCCCAGUACCGUGACGACUGGAAGUCCAAAGAGAUGAGGAUCCGACAGAGGGCUGUGGCACUCUACUUCAUUGACAAGCUGGCUCUGAGAGCGGGUAAUGAAAAGGAGGAAGGAGAGACUGCGGACACCGUGGGCUGCUGCUCGCUCAGAGUUGAACACAUCAAGCUCUACCCAGAGAAGGAUGGUCAGGAGUAUGUGGUGGAGUUUGACUUCCUGGGUAAAGACUCAAUCCGCUACUACAACAAAGUCCCUGUGGAGAAGAGGGUAUACAAGAAUCUUCAGUUGUUCAUGGAGAACAAAGAGCCUGAUGAUGACCUGUUUGACCGUCUGAAUACCUCCAUUCUGAACAAGCAUCUUCAGGAGCUGAUGGACGGUCUGACGGCCAAAGUUUUCCGUACCUAUAAUGCCUCGAUCACCCUGCAGCAGCAGCUGAAGGAGCUCACCAGUCCGGAUGAAAACAUUCCAGCCAAGAUCUUGUCCUACAACAGGGCUAACAGAGCUGUGGCCAUCCUGUGCAACCAUCAGAGGGCUCCACCCAAAACCUUUGAGAAGUCUAUGCAGAACCUGCAGACUAAGAUUGAUGCUAAAAAGGACCAGCUUUCUGAUGCCAGAAGAGAACUGAAGAGCGCCAAGGCUGAUGCCAAAGUACGGAGAGAUGAGAAAUCCAAAAAAGCUGUGGAGACCAAGAAGAAGGCCGUUCAGAGGAUAGAGGAGCAGCUGAUGAAGCUGGAGGUGCAGGCGACUGAUCGUGAGGAGAACAAGCAAAUUGCCCUCGGCACUUCCAAGCUCAACUACCUGGACCCUCGCAUCUCUGUGGCUUGGUGUAAGAAGUGGGGGAUUCCCAUCGAGAAGAUCUAUAACAAAACCCAGCGUGAAAAGUUUGCUUGGGCUAUUGACAUGGCAGACGAAGACUUUGAAUUCUAAAUCCAAGUUUGUGGUUUUAACUAUGAUACUUUUCAUUUUAACGGAUACUUGUUUUUAGCUUAACUGAAUUUCACCCGAUCGCCAGACCUGACAAGGAAUUGUGGAGAGUUUGAGCUGAAAAAAGAAUGGCAACGACAGGGUAAGGUGAGAUGUUGAAGCCAUUAUGAAGUGGCAGGAGGGCAUUGUGGUUAGUCUGAGCAUCUGAUCUGAGAUCAGGCAACACGGCUGAACUAUAUACCCACAACUUGAGCGUCAAGGCGUUAGUCCCAGUAAUUGGAAGACCUUUUCACCUUUGGCUCUCCCUCCUUAGGGGACAAGACCUGGCGAUGCCUGAACUUUGAACUCUGUGGUCCUAUAGCUACUGUAUUCAGCAAAAAAAAUGCUUUGUGUAUCAUUUUAUUAUUGUUCACUCACUCUGUAUUUUAGCCCUCCCAUGUAUUAUUAAUGAAUUCUAUAUUUUGAUAGAGAAAGUUAAAUCAAAAGAAUUCCUUAAAUACACCCACGCGCCUUUUGAUGAAAUGUGAGUUGUGUGUGCGUGUGUGUUCGGGGGGUCGGGGAGGGGGGCAUUGAAGCUGUGUGUUUGGGUGAAAAUUUUAAACUGGACUGUGUUGAAUUGUAUAACAUGAAAGAGGAUGAUGCUUGGACAGGCAAGGGGAGGAAAUACUGCAACCAUGUCAAUAUUUACAACCAAGCAGAAUGUGAAUAUGUUAUUUUACAGCCUCUAUCAGGGACUUCUUUUUCAGUGUAAAUGUGAACCAAUCAUUUUUUUACCCUUUGGGUUGCCAGCAUCCUCUGCCUCUUUCUGCAUAGCCCUGUCUACAUCUGAUUUUAACUUAAUUAUUUUAACAAUUGUUCCAAAAGAAAAACUCCCUUAUCUGUUACUUGAAGAUAAUGCUGUUUUAAUGUAUUUUAAGUCAGUAAAUGGAAAAGUGUUUUUCUUCCCCGAAGGGGUAUGUGAGGGAUAUCAACUUUGCCAAAAAAAAUCACCAAUCUGUUACAAUUUUGGGCAGGUUUUUAAUCGUGUAUAGGUUGAGGACAAAGACGCAUAACAUUUAAUGUGAAUUAUGAAUUAAUCUUAUUCCACUUUGUUCCACUUGUAUGACAGGAGAGUUGAUGUAAGUAGCUGUAAAAUCAACGUCCUAUUCCUGUUUUACAGCCUUUUGUCAUAGCCUUCGAUCAUGUUUCAUUUUUUGUUUUGAGUUUUAUGCUCAUUGUAGGUUGAAAAUGAAUAAAACCCUACAACUCAACAUA